AUGCAUUCCAGCUGGUCACCACCGCACGACUACCGGAACCGCCCCGUCGCGGUUUUGGGCGCUGGCGUCCUUGGAAGGCGAAUUGGCUGCAUCUGGGCCUCCGCGGGCUACGACGUCCACCUACGCGAUCCGAGCCCGGAGCAACUCACCUCCGGCAUCGCCUACAUCCACGAACAAGUCUCUUCCUACGCCAGCAAGACGGGCUGCAUCCCAGGCAAAGCACACAGCUUCACCGACCUCGAAGAAGCGGUGGAGUCCGCCUGGCUCAUCAUUGAGGCCGUCCCCGAAAAGCUGCCUCUGAAGAUUGCCACCUUCGCCGAUCUAUCCGCCCUCGCCCCAAAUGAUAGCAUCCUUGCAUCCAACUCUUCUUCCUACAAGACCUCGGAGAUGCUGGACCGGGUCCCGGACGCGGUGAAGCCACGGAUUCUGAACAUGCACUACUACAUGCCGCCGCAGUGCAUGACGGUGGAGUUGAUGACGGACGGCUUCACGCAUGAGGCCAUCUUCCCCUUUAUGGUGGAGCGGUGCCGCGAAGGUGCAACCUCGCCGUAUGUCGCACGCAAACAAUCGACUGGGUUUAUCUUCAAUCGCCUCUGGGCGGCGGUCAAACGAGAGGUGCUGACCAUUCUCUCCGAGGGGGUGUCCGUCCCCGAAGAGAUCGAUGCUAUGUGGGAGGAGAUGUUUAUUCGGGGAAGGACGCUGCCGUGCAGGAUGAUGGAUAACGUUGGCCUCGACACCGUCGCCUUCAUUGAACAGCACUAUAUCCACGAGCGGGGGCUUUCCUCCGAGAGAACCGUGGACUACCUCACCACCAACUACCUCGAGAAAGGUAGAUUGGGCGCCAAAUGCGCCCUGGGUGGGCUCUAUCCCCUGUCUAGCGCAGCCAGCAACAGUGGCAGUGACCCCACCACCCACGAUCGCCGUCUCCUCGUAUUAGACGUCGGACUCGCCUCUUCGACCGCCGCCUCCUCGAUCUCCACCCCUGUCGGACAGAUCCUCUCUCUCGCGGCAGACGGGACCGAUUCCAAAGUGUUGGUUGCCAACCAGCUCCUUCCUGACGGCAUCGCAGUCGAUGCCACGACCAACCGCAUCUUUUGGACCAACAUGGGGGUUCCCGGCCGACAGGAUGGUGCAGUCUACUCCUCAGCUCUAGACGGGAGCGACAUCCAGACCAUCCUCGAACCGGGUGCGAUCAACACCCCCAAGCAGCUGACCCUCGACCAGACAGCGCGGAAGCUGUACUUCUCCGACCGCGAGGGCUGCGCAGUCUACCGCUGUAGCCUUGACGGGUCGGGUCUGAAGACUCUUGUCUCACGACAGCGAGGGAGCCAAGGCAAAGGGGUGACUGACGUACGGGACUGGUGGGCAAGCCGGAGAUUCUGGCUCGGGGUUUGCAUGAGGCGAUUGGGGUGAGUCUCGACCGGAAGUCUGGGGAUAUCUUCCUGACGGACCUCGGGGGU